AUGCUUACAGAAGUUAGUCAACCUACCUACCCGCAAUGUGUGGCUUCGGUUACCGCCUCGCUGUUGCUGGGGGGUCGCCCUUCCUCGCCUCAGCCCAUCUCCGAUCCAGGCAGCAACACAGACCCUCAGCACCGCGGGGUGAAGGCGACUGAAAGCGUAGGAAUAGCGGAGAUCGUCAACUAUGGAGAUGAUCACUCUGAGCUGAAAACUGAAAUGCACUGGGCACUUCUAAACGACGCUGUCGCCAUGGAAGAUGAGGAGGAGGACACUCUUUCUGAGCUGCAGGCCUUCCCUUCCCAGCCAAGGUUUCGCUCUCACAGCGAUGCCUCGGGCUUUGCCGCCAGAAUCCUUUGGAGGCUCAGAGGAGCUCUCACAGUUGAUGGAUUGGAGAAAUCAUCAUCACUGGCCAGCUGCGACGUGGUGGUGGACAACAGUUCCGGCACCCACAAUGUGCCCGGGUCACGGCAGCAGCGAGGCAAGCUGUCCUCUUUAGGGAGACUCUUCAAACCCUGGAAGUGGAGGAAAAAAAAAAGCAGCGACAGGUUCCAGGAUCUCUCCAAAGUUUUAGAGAGAAAAAUCUCAACGAGACAAACGAGAGAGGAGCUUAUCAAGAAGGGAGUGCUAGUUCCGGAACAAGAUGAGCCUGUCAGCAGGGAAAUCCAGAAUGGACACGCCACAUCCAGCAUCUCAUCGGAGCAGGUCAAAGUUGAAAUUGAAACCAAGCUGACCCACGCCGCAGAUCCUCCUGGCCCCGUGAACACUGAAGACAAUACAGGUGAAAGUGACACUAAAGCCAUCGCCCGGGUCGGUCGGGGUCGCACGCGGGAUGCUCAAGUUAAAAAGCAGCACAGCACUGUUCCCUCCGCCCCCUCUAAGCCCGCAGGUGCCUCUGCUGGCACGGCAAGGCACAGGGACUCUUCCUCGACCGCUAAAAAGGCUGCCAAAGUCUCUGGGAAGUCAGGCUCUGGGGCACAAGCUAAAACUAACCCUCGGAGCUCUAACAACAGUAGUCGCGUGAUUGCCAAGUCCUCUCAUCCAAAGAAGACGCAGGGAGGUGCAACGAAAACCACCGCAACUGCCACAUCGUACUCCACUAUCCCUCCUCGCUCACGGACCCCUAAAGAUGCUGAGGUGCACAGCAGAGGCACUGGAGCCCGGACCAGCCGGAAACCAGUAGCCGAUUCUCAGAAGGCUACUGUGGAGGUUCUCAGUAAUCCAGAGGAAGUCAACUCCUCGAACGUCCCCGUGAGCUCUUCUCAAGUCACCCUCCCCGAAGUUGAGGAGACUCCUGUUGCUUCCCAAGACACCUUAGCGGACAAAGCUCCUAACGGCGAUACUUCUGCAUGCCAAGAGACACUCAAAGAGCCGUCCUCUGACACCUCAGUCCCCCCCCUACACAUCAACACUGCCACAGAGGACACGUCUUUCACAGAGGGGCUUGUCGAGGGCGACGGCCAACAGAAGAAAGAAUACAGGACUGGGGAGGAAGUGGGAGAGUCGCAAAAGGAAAACGUUGAUCCUGCUGAAGAGACGCACUCGAGCCCGGCUGACGGGGAUGGCGUGAUGUCACCGGGGCACAGUGUGAACAUCCAGCAGGCCGAGGUGAUAGUGAUCCCUGACCGGCCUGCAGAGAGCCAUGCUAGCGACUCUGACUCUGAUGGACCCAUCCUGUACCGAGAUGAAGAGGAGGAAGAAGAGGAGGACGAGUACCUAAACAGUUCACUGGCCAGCAAGAUCCGGCGAAGGGACACCCUCAACAUCAAACUUGGGAAUCGCCCCAGCAAGAGGGAGCUGGAGGAGAAAAACAUCCUUCCGCGCAGCUCUGAGACAGAGAGACACGAGCUCCGCCAGCAGAUCGGCUCUAAACUCGUCAGGCGCUUGAGCCAAAGACCAACCACAGAGGAGCUGGAGCAGCGGAACAUUCUCAGACAGAAGAAUGACGUAGAGGAACAUGAAGCCAAGCAGGAGAUCAAACGGAAACUUUCCAGAAAGCUUAGCGUGCGCCCAACGGUGGCUGAAUUGAUCGCUCGACGAAUCCUGCGUUUUAACGAAUAUGUGGAGGUCACGGAUGCCAAGGACUAUGACAGGCGGGCUGACAAGCCGUGGACGCGACUCACACCUGCUGACAAGGCUGCCAUCCGCAAGGAGCUCAAUGAGUUCAAGAGCAGGGAGAUGGAAGUGCACGAGGACAGUAAACAGUUUACCAGGUCACCUUGA